AUGGCGAAAUCUGGAGAUUACCAUGACAACGAUUCUGUGAUUGACAGCGAUGCGGUCUAUCAGACUUUUAAUUCCGCCAAAAAUUCAUUUCUGUCUGUUCCGUCCGAAGAGCGCACAAUGAACCCUUAUGUGAAUGUUAUCGGGGGUAAUAAAGGGCGUCCCCUUUCAGCAAGGGGUCUACCACCCCCUCCAACGCAAUCCUUUAUUGCUUCCUCACCCGGAGAAAGUCUACAUCCGUAUGUUAACUUUCCACCGAGACCUACUGAGGGGUCGCGUUCAUUUAGUGCUAAUAGCAAACUACAACCGGGACAGACCUCAUCUGGACAUGACCACCCAUCCCCGAGUCCAACAUCCGCUCUGGGAACACAACAAUAUGUAUCCGGGCUCGAUCCAAAUUCAGCAUUUUAUCGAAAAAGUGAAAAAGAGCGCGAAUAUGAGGAAAUUGACGAAAUCGCAGAGUGCAUCGAGUCGGAUUAUUAUCGGAAAAAUAUGUAUCCGACAAAACCGCAAGCUAAUAAUCAAUCCUAUCAAGAGCGGCCGACAAUAUCUACUUCAGGAUCUAUGCAGGCAUCAACACCAGCUUCAGGUGCGGCUUCAGGAAAAGGGAGCAUUGUUCAAGUACCCGCGAGACCAGUUCCUCCAAAACGAAACCACGGGCCUUCAAGCAGAUCUUCAGGAGCGGAUCAAAAUCAUGCUUCGUUGCCAGGAAUGGUGGACAGAAAUUCCUUCAGAGAUGCCCCGUCCCUAAAGGAUCUCAUGUCCGCAAACGAAGCCGCAAAAAUCCAACACCAUCUGGAAAGCUAUCAAGUUAGAGUGGAUGGGCAGAUAAGGAAUGAACUGUUACAUCCCGGGAAUAAACCUUGGCAUCAAGAUCCAAAACCAAUUCAAAAGAAUGGUAAAAAGCCAGAAUGGUUUCAUGCGCAGAUUCCGCAACCCGAAAAUGAAAUCGAAUAUGUAAACGUGCCUAUCAAGCAACCCGUUGAGGUAGCGAAACAAUCAGUGGUCAACGUCAGACCGAACACAGCGUACCCAUCCUCCCAAAUCCAACGACCAACUGCCCCUCCCCCUCCCAGACCACAAUCAGCAAAACCAGCAACACAAAAGCCACCAUCGACAAAUCCACCGUCCGGAAAACCUCAAACUGUGAACGCACCACACCAAAAUCUCUUAAAAGCCCAAGAAGAGUCGCAAACGGUCGAAAUAUCUUGCGAAUAUCAGAUACCAACCGUUCGUGUCCAAUCAGCGAAGGCAUCAAAAGCUCGGUCGGCCAUGAAAAAUGCCAUCCAAAAGAACUCUCACAACCCAGUCAUGAACUCCGAUCGCGGAAAAUCAAAUGCCGAUAUUGAGAAAAAAUAUUCCAAGUUCGAUCAAAUCGGAACAAUACGCGACACGUUCCGUAGACUGAAGGAAAAACGACGCAACGCACCAGAUAGUUCUUCUAAUUCGGAUCAAGUAACUCAAAAUCAAACAAACGUUCAACAAACGCAGAAUCAUGAACACGAAACUUCUGUGAAUCAUCAGAGAAAUGUCAGCAAUACAAACAAUAAUGCAAAAGUGGAAACUGUGUCUAGUUUCAGUAGCGCUGAUAGUUUUAAUAGCAGUCUGUACAAACAGCAUCCUCCCAAAUCAGGUGAAUCGUUAACUAGUGGGGAGGUAUCUUCGCUGUCUUCCCAAGCGGAGAUGACCGCUGAUCAACUGGAACACAGCGGCUACGCGUCCGACCCGAUCGCUAUCAAUAAAAACGUUGUUGUCGCAAGUGCCAAAAUAAUCGAUAGCGGCUUUGAAACAGCUUCCAUAAGUAGUGCUAUAGGAAAUCAUGCAUAUUCCUGCUCGUGCGUGGACGAAAAAGUAAACGCACCAUGUACGUGCCAAUACACAUCUCCUCAAAAACAAAAUAGUGAAACUAAAACAUCUUGGAGUAAUACAGAUUCCGUUUCAUCGUCGCUAGAGUCGGAAACGACGCUCACCCAGAAUGUGAUAUCGUGCCCAGACGUUGUUCCCCAACGAUUGACUCCAACAAACGGGCCGGACGUGUUAGGACCGGAUGAGCAAUACCCGCAAAAAUCUGAGAAAUCAGACCGCACUGAACCUCAGAAGACCAAGAACAAUAAAAUAUUCUCUAAAAUGCAUACUACGAGUAUAAUGAACAAAAAAGCACAGAAGAAAGGUGUUGCUUCUAAGAGGUACCAAGAACUCGCAAAACGAGGUGUUCCGUUAAGAGUGUCCGUAGUUUCUGCUAAACAACCUAGUGAGAGUUCGGACACUCAAACGGAUUGGAGCGAAUUCGAUUCCAAUUACGAAGCGGAGGUAAUCGAAGAAGAUCCGGAAUUCGCAGACGAGGAGGAAGUGUACUCGGAUUCAGACGCACAAGACUUUUUAGACAGUUUAGACUCGUCCUCUGCACGGAGCAGCGUCAAGGCACCAGCUCGGAUCGGAUCAUUUAAAUCAGGAUCGGUCGUGAACGAGGUGAUCCGGGAGGUUCCGGAAGAGUCCUCGUCGACUUGUGAUGAGGAGUCUAAAGGAUUAUUGAGACCAGGAGAAAAGUUGGUGAAGGGUUUCGAGAUUUCAUCCAGUAGUGCUUCUGAUCAACCUCCUGUUGCAGGAGCUGGCUGGGAUGAAGAAAGUAAAAUCGACAGAAUGUUCACUAAAUCUCUUACAACAAACAAACCAAACUCAUCCAAGGACCCAGGAAUGGGGUUGGACGAAACGACCAUCCGACAAAUUGUCCAGAAUCCCGCCACAAAUCGAGCGCAGACGCUAGGUUACCGUCCGCCAGUUCCGGUUCGGAAGGGCCUGGACACGCAUCACGUUAAAUACUGUCAAGAAAUGGCGUCUAAAUGUAACUUACUAGAAUAUGACGACUUGAUGCCAGCUCAUGUGGACAAAUUCCAAGUUCUGCGAGAUAAACUUCAGAAUGAAGCCAAGCUUGGAUCUGUGGGCGUUCAGCUGUUGGACAUGAUACAGAAAUGUUGGUUAAACGAUUGUCCGCCAUCGACGGGACAACUGGUGAAACAACUGAGAGGUCCCGUCACAGAAACGGAAUUAUAG